AUGUUUGUGAGACGACAGUGCGGCGUCUUUCACAGGCAAUGGAGAUGUAUGCAUAGCUGCAAUGCCGGUGCCGGGGCGCUAUCGGAUACACGUGAAGGGCAUAAUUCAGGGAUUGUGGGUGAGUCGUUUGCCAAGGUAACGAGUUUUCUCAAUACAAAAGAGCUAGCUUUGGAUUUCUUCUCGUGGGCUGCUCUUCGGCAGCCACAAUGUCUUGAGGAUGAGAGGUUUUGGUGUCUUCCAGAUCUAAGGAUGCUUCUGGAAGAAGGCUAUGGCCGAAAAAGUGAACCGCACUGCUUUGCAAGCUUGCAAAAUGGUUUCGAGCUCCGCAUUGCCGUUUGGGAAGGCGAUGCGUCAACGGCUUUCAGGGUCCUCAGAGGUGAAGCGUCUGCAAUGCUGAAAAGAAUGUCUAUGCAGCUAGACAAGCCAGCAGUAACAUCCUUUACGACUAUCACGGAAAACAUUUGCAAGGCAGGCAAGUUUCACAAAGGCUAUUGGCUGCUUAAUCAUCUGCUAUGUUCCGGGAAGCAGGAUAUGGGAAUUUCUAUCGUCAAGUGCCUUCUCACUAUUUUCCGGCUAGUGAAAGCGCUUGAGCAGCUCAGUCUUAUGAUCGAUACAGGGUGCACUUUUGACAGAGAAGCAUCUCGUCUCGUCAUCAACAAGAUGUGCAAGGCCAACAAGGUGGAUGAUGCGAUGAAAGUUUUGAAAGUGGCGAACAAGCUGCAUGGUCCAGACAUGGUUUCUUUCAACACAGUAGUUCGGGGACUGGCUGCAUCGGACAGGAUACAGGAAGCUAUGGACUUUUUCGGGAGGGAAGGCAUGACUCCAAGCUCCAGCACUUACAACAUUAUCAUCGAAGUUUUUCUUGAGCAGAACAGACUCAAUGAAGCGUUUGAUUUCUACCAGGAAGCUGUUGAUAACGGGCAAGUUCGGAGCAUCGGUUCGGCCUUGGCAAUGUUGUUUCAAGGGCUCGUCUGGGGUCACAGGUUCAGGGAAGCGCUGGAACUUUUGGAAACAUACGUUGACAUCGGUGGUGUUCCUACAGCAGCAAUGAACGCCGAUAUCGUAUUGUGUCUCUGCCACGUUGGGAAGUUGGACGAAGCACUGGAGCUUUUCCACAGUCUGGUUUCAGAUGGUUGCGGCUUACCGGCAGAUUUGCUCGUCCGCGAGCUGUCCAAAGCGGGACGAGCUGAGGAGUGCUUAAAGGUGGUGAAGCUGAUGCUUGACAGGCAGCAGCUGCGGGAGCGCCACCUUGUCAACAUUACGAUCGACAGCCUUUGCAAGUCAGACAUGAUCGACAAGGCCGAAUCGUGGUUCCAAGAGCUUAAGGAUUUUCGUGGCCUUGUCAAUACCGUCAGCUAUAACAUCUUGAUCAACGCGUUUUGCAAGACGAAACGCAUAGACGAGGCCAUCCAGCUCUUCGGAGAAAUGAAGGCACCGGGCUGUGCUCCUUCUACUUCCACCUAUAACACACUGAUUGGAGGCUUGUGUCGAGUGGAAAGGCUCGGAGAAGCUCAGCAGUUCUACGAGCGUCUUCUUUCCUCUGGUGCUGGAGCCAGUUUCAUCACUUACAACAUUUUGGUCGACGGCUUCUGCAAAGCAGACCGAGUUCCUGAAGCUGUGGAGCUGCUGAACGAGCUCGUGGCACGAGGUGGUGUGGUGACGAGUGCUCCUUACAACUGCAUCAUCGACACUCUUUUCAAGAAGGGGAAAAUUCACGAGGCCGAGCUUUUCUUCAACAGGAUGGAGAAAGAUGGCGUCCGACCUCAGGAGGUUACGUUCACAGUUCUUAUUGAUGGCCUGUGCAAGGCGAACCGGGUUGCUCGAGCAAAAGAGAUCUUCUUCAGCUACCUUGAAAGCGGAGGCAGCCCCUCGGUCGUUAUUUGCAGCUGCCUCAUGGACGGGUUUUGCAAGUACGGAGGCGUGGACGAGGCCUGGAGGAUUUUCGAGCUCAUGACCAACAGAGGCUGCACUCCCAACGAUGUUAGCUGCAAUAUCCUCAUCAACGGGCUUUGCAAGGCCAAGAGGCUCUCUCAAGCCCGAGAAGUUUUCGAGGAGGUGGUGAAGAGACAGGCAAAGCCGGACGUGGUUACUUACAGCACCUUCAUGGACGGGCUUUGCAGAGCACACAGAGUCGAUCAAGCCAGACAAGUUCUCUGCAUGCUCGUUGACAAAGGCGGCACGCCGGACGUGGUGAUGUACACGGCUUUGAUCUCGGGGCUGUGCUCUCUCGGCAGGCUGGACGAGGCCCGCAAAGUUUUCGAGGUGGACAUGAGAGCUGCUGGAUGUGCUCCCAAUAACUUCACGUGCAACGUUCUUGUCAACGGGUUUGGACUUGCCGGGAGACUUGACGAAGCUCGUGAGCUUUUCCAGAGGUUUGUCGAGAGGGGUGUCCAACCCGACUGUCGCACCUUCUCGGCCAUGGCAAACAACACGGCGAAAACCGAAGGCUGGGAUAUUUACUCGUGGAACGAAUGGAUAACUGGAAAGUGGGAUUGA